AUGACUUUAUACCAAGAUGUAACACAAGUUAAUGAGAUCACUUAUACGUACGUUGUUAACCCAAGCUAGCUGUUUUUGAAAUCUGGUCAUUAAAUUUAAACUUUAAAUUUAAACUUUAAAUUAAAGAAAAAUCUUUUUUAGAGUACCGCCUUUAUCCAGCAUUCGUGAACCUAGAGUUUAUCUUGGCAGUUUAAUAGCAAAAGCAGUUUAUUGUGCCCAGAAGACAGUCGACAGCAGCUUUGAUUUGAACAGUUUUCAUAGUUAUUUUGUUAAAAAUUGUAAGUUUAACCCCUUCUUUAUAGUAGCUCUACAUUAGUCUUACUCCAGUCUUGCCUCCUAUAUGUAAUAGCCUUAGCUGUAGUAGCCUUGUCUUAGCUGAAUUACUAUAGCUUUAUUCAAGCACUUUAUUGGCUUUACUUUAGUCUUGUAAUAGCCUUAUCAUUGCUCAAUCAAUACUUUAUUACAUCUUUACAUUAGUUCCUACCAAAGCCUUACUACAUUAGUUUUAUACUAGCCUUAAAGUAUUUCAACAAUAGCCUUUUCCUAGCCGCAUUAAUUAACCCUCCUGUUAUUCCAACUAGUCCCACCUUAAGAUUAUCACAGCCCUACCCUGGACAAACUCUGACUCUAGCCAUACAUUACUUUAACUCUACCAAAUAUAAUAAAUCUUUGUUUUUUUUCAGUAGACACUUCCCAACCCUACAGGUUUGCGGUUGAAAAGACUAGAAAUGGAAGAAACUUUGCCUUCAGAUCAGUAAGAUUGAUUCAGAAGGAUAAAAACUUGCACAAUGAAGAUGUUUACUAUCAUUUUGAGUUUACUUUCAAGAAAGUGAGUUUAAUAUUGAACUAGCCCUAGUUCAAAUCUCUUUCCAUGAGUGCUGUUUGAGCUAGCUUAAGCUCUACACUACCCUACUUCACCUAGCCCUACUCAACUCCAACUAGUCCCACCUUGCUCUGCAUAGCUAAUAUAACUCUAGCCUUACCCUACACCACCUAAUCGUACAAUAACAUUUCACUUUUGCCUUGCCUUACAAUUAUCUUAUCCCAUCUUUUUAGCGAGCAGUCCAGCCUUCAUUAAAAUUCACCCAAGUCAACGUUCCAGUCGUUCCACAACCAGAACGUUUGCGUUCGUUUGAGUCAAUUUUGGAAGAUUUGCCGCGGUUUGGUUUCAACAAGUUCCAAGCUAUUUUACCAGUCUUUUCGGAACUUUUGAAAAAUUUCGAAAUCAUUCCCUGCAACAAUAUUGAAUUCGUUGCGGGACCCCAAAGAGAGGUGCUAAAACAACAUUUCUGGUUCAAGUACAAGGGAACAGGUGGGUCUAGUAGUACAUACAGCUAAUUUAACAUUUCAUAACUAAAAAUAUAAUUAGAAAGUACAAAUGGCAUAUUACAGAGUCAAAAACCAAUUUCAUUCACCAACUUAUCUUGACCUACGUUAGUGAUAUUGGCCUAACCUAUUCAAAAACAAGUGAUCAGGUGAAUACCUUUAGAUUACUGGGGUCGUUAGACCAUUCUGGAUGGAUUCAUGAUGUGAAGUAAGUUUGCUUUACUAUAACUUACCGGUUUUUUAAUUUCCAAAAAGUUUUUUUUGCAAAUUUUUGAAAAUUAAAAUUUCCGAUAAAUUGUGUGACAUUUCGUUACAUUGGCUAAAAACUCAAAUUGCGUCAAAAAAGUUGUUGAAAAUCAAGUUUUUAGAUUUAUUUUGCAAAAUUUGUGCAAAUUCUAAAAUUUUUAUUUUCCAAUAAGUUUUGUGACAUUUCGUUACAUUGAUUGGAAAUUAAAGAUUUAUCAAAAGAUAGUAUUAAAAACUAGUUUAAUUAUAAAUUUUACAGCAUUUGUAGCACUAUAAACUAUAAUAUUACACCUUCGCAUUUCUCAAUAAUUUUGUGACAUUUCGUUGCAUUUUCUAAUAAAAUUGCCAAAACCGAUAAACUCUCUAUUAGUCAGCAUAAAAAUGGCUACACAGUUAAAAAACGUUGAAAAAAUGACCAUUUUAGUUACAGUAUUAAAAUAAUUUUCAGUUUCACCACCGACGACUAUUUGCUAUGGGAAGGUGAAUGUAUUAUGUACACAUUAGGCCGUGCAGUAACCCACAACAGAAUUUGGACUCGUUCUGGAGAACUUGUGGCCAGCAUUACUCAAGAGGCAGUUACAGAAGGGGUGCGAUCGUUGAAUAUUGGACCCAACAAGAGUAGUGAAAAUCGACCAAAAAUUUAA